ACAACACAUCAACAUUCCAAGCCAAGCAAUUCAGAUACUAGAGAUAAACCGUGAAGAGUAUAGUAGAGCGAGUGAGUAAAAGCUAUGGCAAUGAAAGGGAAGAUGGUGGCAUUUGCAGCAGUGGCACUGGUGGUGGUGGUGAUGGCGGUGGCGGUGGAGAGAGGUGAGGCGGCGAUAACUUGUACGAUGGUGACGCAGAAGAUGGCAGGGUGCGUGGGAUACUUGCAAUCUGGGGCGGGGAAACCAACUGCAAACUGCUGCGCUGGAGUGAAGUCGUUGGCUCAAUCGGCGACAACGACACAAGACAGGAGAACAGCAUGUGGAUGUUUGAAGCAGGCUUCAUCUGCCGUACCCAACGUUAAGCCCAACGCAGUUUCCUCUCUGCCCGCCUCCUGUGGCGUCUCUCUGCCCUUCAAAAUCUCCCUCAACACCAACUGCAACACGUACCUCACUUCACUUUACUCUUUUUGUUUCUUAGGUUUUUUUUUUCUGCAACGAAAUACUCGCUUACUUUGGAGUUCUUUCUGUAUUUGUUGUUGUUGUGUGCAGGAUCAACUGAACGUGACGGCUACCAAUGAGCUCUGCCUGCAGAUGUAUAGAGAGAGAGUAGUAAUAGUAUCUAUAUUAUCUAAAUAAACUACCGCUCUUGUGGCGGUUGCUCUGUUUCUCUCUGAUCUACUCUGUAUUUAUAUGUAGAGUUCUGUUUUUAGCACCCUUUUAAUAUAUACGUAUUGUGUUAUGUUGUCGUUGUGAA